AAAAUUGUCGAGAGCGCGAAGUGGAGGGAACCGCGGGAACCCCGUCUCGUUCGAACUAGACACUUCACUGGGCGACGCGCUCGCCGCGCAUGCGCCGAGACUCCUGGCCGCCGUAACGACGCCGACGCCGUUGCUGCGCGUUGCGGAGCAUAAGGGGACGAGCAGGGACGAGAAAGAAAGAUUCCAAUCGGAGCCAACGACGCCGUCGCUUCGUAGCGAUCGCCGACGAUGCGCGACAUCGGACAUCGCGCCGAUAUCUCCUAGGAGUCGACGUCGCCGAGGGAGAGACGUAAAUCAUUUAAAACAAUUCGCGCGAGCGCGAAAAUGUGAUCGCCCCGUCGUCUUCUCGUCUCAUCAACAACACAACGUUCGACAUCCGCAGUGGAGUCACCCGAAGCGAUCGAAUUCCAUCGCGAAUUUCCCGACGCCAGUUUCACUCCGUUUGCCCGGAACAUGAACGGGCAAGUGCAGUCAUCGCGAGAGAGGUUAGGUGGUUUCGGUCCCAUGAAUCUUGGAUUAUUUUCCGGAAUGAUCGCCACGGAUCGUGUUCCUACAAUUCAAUCAUUCAACUCAGACGCCGAGUUAGAUGACACCAUGGCCGCGACGGAAGUCGACAGCAAAGUCAAAACGAAAUUGCUCUCUAUGUGGAAUAUUAUCUAAUAUGGUUGGACUGUGAAGAUGAAGACGAACUUCUCUAAGGAAUCUCCCGUGUGGUUGUUGGGACUGUGUUAUUUGAAGAAGUCAGAAUAUCCCUUGGAGAGAGCAUCGGAAGCAUUAGAGCCAGUUGGAACGGGUAGUCAGGUUUCCUUGGCGAUGGAUGCCACGAAUUUCGAGAAUACCAUAGAGGAAUUCAAGAGAGAUUUCAUGUCGCGUCUUUGGUUAACAUACAGACGCGAAUUCCCAAUCCUAAACGGCUCCACCUUUACCACGGAUUGCGGUUGGGGCUGCAUGUUACGCAGUGGGCAAAUGAUGCUGGCACAAGCAUUAGUCUGUCAUUUUCUCGGACGAGAAUGGAGAUGGCGACCCGAACAAUCGACUGACGAGAGCAGUCAUCGGAUGAUUAUCAAAUGGUUUGGCGAUCAACCAACGCCAGAAUCUCCGUUCUCCAUACACAAGCUCGUGUCGCUCGGUGCUUCAACGGGGAAACGCGCUGGCGAUUGGUACGGUCCCUCCUCGGUCGCGCAUCUUUUGUGUCAGGCUAUGGAACGCGCCAGCGAAGAUCCCAACAGUAAGCUCAAUCAGUUGGCGGUAUACGUCGCCCAAGAUUGUGCAGUGUACAUGCAAGAUGUUGAGAAUGUUUGCUGCACUCCAGACGGUGGACGGAAGGCAUUGAUACUCUUAGUACCCUUGAGGCUCGGUGCCGACAAGUUGAACCCUGUUUACGCGCCUUGUUUGACAUCGCUGUUGACAUUGGACACGUGUAUUGGCGUGAUCGGUGGCCGACCGCGACAUUCGCUCUAUUUCAUCGGUUAUCAAGAUGACAAACUGAUCCACUUGGAUCCGCAUUAUUGUCAGGAAACCGUUGACGUCGAAGGAAAUGAAAAAUUCCCGUUGACAAGUUUCCAUUGCACGUCACCGCGAAAGAUGUUACUCUCGAAGAUGGAUCCUAGUUGUUGCGUAGGCUUCUACUUUCCUGACAAGGAAUCUCUCACCGAUUUCAUGGAAACAAUUCAACAGUUCGUGAUACCGAACCAGAAUAUGGACUACCCGAUGUUCCUGUUCUGCGAGGGAAGCGGCAAGGAUCUGCAGCAGGGAAUUGAGGUCGUCGAGGGUCUUCUGCCGUCUUCAAGUAGAUUCGGUCAUGAGAGCAUGGAGGACGAUUUGUUCGAGUGCGAGGAGUUCGAGUUGUUGCACUAAGAAAAAAAAGAGAAAAAAGGAAGAAUGGAAAGAACGCGAGAAUACGAUACACGCGAUUCCAUGAUCGGAGUUACUCUCGAGAACAUCUCUGCGUCUCUACCUAUUACUUCGUGAAUGUAAUUUUUUUUCGUAUAUUCGCUUCUCCAGAGCGUAUAUAAGAAAACAGCGAAUAUAUCAUUCGGAUAUAUCAUUCUGGAAAGGACGUCUGAGUUGAGGAUUGGCGCAUUCCCAUCGAUCUCAAUGCGUGAAUGAAAACGGGAUGUGAGUUAACUCAAUGACCAGUUACUGUUACUUAUGAAAAAGGAGAUAAGAAAGCAAAAGAUUAUUUCCGACGUUAGUACAAGUUAUUCGAUUAAGCUGAUUCAUUCGUAUUUUCAAUUAAUAUGUAUAUGUAUAUAUGUAUGCAAUUAUUAUGAUGAUGCACAUUUCUUAUCUUGUUACAUAUAAUCUCAAAAUUGAUUUUAUGUUAAUCAUCAAUAAUGGCUAAUAUGACUUAAUAUUGCAACAAUAUUGUUACAAGACUUUCGUUAGUCUUGAAAUAAUUUAACGUGCGUUAGAUUAAAUCCCGUUGAAUUGUUGAAUUAAAAUUUGCGAAAUUCUUUUUCUAAAAAUGUUGUAAAAAAUCCGUGCAAAUAAAGCGCGACAGUUCUUAAAAGUCUGAUUCAUAAGAAGAGUACAAUAAGACAUUAAUUUAUUUAUUUAUUUAUUUAUAAUUGAGUUAUUCUUGAGUAACUCUUCUGCCUUGAAAAGGAAUAAAGAGGAUUUGAGGAACGUAAACAUGGUAUAUACAGGGUGAAGCAUCCAAUAGUGUAUGUCUAAGUAUCUAUUUAGAAAAAGUUUGAUAUCUGUACCUAUUUAUAGAUAUAAAAAUAAAAAAUGAUGUUCAAGAAUAUCUAUGUAAAAAAAGCGAAAUUUUUGAAAUGUUAAAAGCUAUGACCUUAAAUGAAUCUUUUUCCUUAUUAUUCCUACGAGCUAAAUUACUUCAUCUUUAACGAUAUUUUCAAAGACAGCAGAAACAAUAAAAUAAAUUUACAAUAAAAUAGAGUAGAAUAAAUUUUAAAGAAUAGAUUAGAGUAAAGCAUUCAUUUCGCGCUUCAAGAUUAUUCGAGCGUUCUAAAGAAGCAAGAUAACGCUUAAUAACG